AUGUGGCUCUACCUGGUGGCACUGGUGGGUCUGUGGACACUCCUGUGCUUGUUCAGAGAGAGGAAGGUGGUGAGUGGUCUCCAUGACAAGUAUGUCUUCAUCACGGGCUGUGGCUCAGGAUUUGGGAACCUGUUGGCCAGACAGCUGGACAGGAGAGGCAUGAGGGUGCUGGCUGCGUGUCGGAAGGAGGAGGGAGCUGAGCAGCUGAGGAGCAAGACAUCUGAGAGGCUGGAGACAGUGAUCCUUGAUGUUACCAAGACAGAGAGUAUUGUGGCAGCCACUCAGUGGGUAAAGGAGCGUGUUGGAAACAGAGGACUCUGGGGCCUGGUCAAUAAUGCUGGCAUCUCCAUCCCCUCCGGUCCUAAUGAGUGGAUGAAGAAACAGGACUUUGCAACUGUAUUGGAUGUGAACCUGUUGGGCAUGAUCGAGGUGACUCUGAACAUGCUGCCCUUAGUGAGGAAGGCGAGGGGCCGUGUGGUCAAUGUCUCCAGCAUCGGGGGUCGAGUGUCCUCUAUUGGUGGUGGUUACUGCAUCUCCAAGUAUGGUGUAGAGGCCUUCUCGGACUCCCUCAGGAGAGAACUCUCCUAUUUUGGGGUGAAGGUGGCUAUCAUAGAGCCUGGUGGUUUCAAGACCAACGUCACUGAUGUGAAGAGAAUAUCACAUAACUUAGAGAAGCUGUGGGACCAGGCCACCCCAGAGGUCAAGGAGAUCUAUGGCGAGAAGUAUCUGGACUCUUGUUUUAAAACAGUAAAGUUAUGGUCGAACACAUUAUCAGAGGACCUAUCUGUGGUGACGGACUGCAUGGAACACGCUCUGACUGCCUGUCACCCUCGCACUCGAUACUCAGCUGGUUGGGAUGCCAAGUUCUUAUAUCUUCCCUUGAGCUACCUGCCCACAUUUCUUAUGGAUACCCUUUAUUAUUGGAAUCUUCCAAAGCCUGCCCAAGCACUCUGAAUCUUCAUGUGUGUGCAGACUUGGGGAAGUAGGUGGAGGGAGAUAAUGAACCUGGGACACAUUGUUCACAAUAUUCAUUGAAUUAAUUCUGCUUCCAUACUACUCAAAACCAGUAAAAUUCAGAGGAAAGAGCCAAAGAAUUCUGCCAAGGGGUAGUGAUACAAAGGGGCAGUGAUACAAAGGGGCUGGCAAUAGCCUGUGAAGUUAGGCAUCUUCGUAAGUCUUGCUUCAUCAUAGCCUAGUCUGAGAAUCCACAGAACUGCAGAGGUUGUAAACACCCAGGACAUGCUUUGCCUCUGGCCCCCUUCCUCAUGAUGUGCAUGGGCCUGGCUACUCAUGACGUCAUGGAAGAUUGAAAGAAUCCACUUCACAAUCAUCUUUCUCCAUGGUGUCAGGUGGAAGGGCCACUACCAGCACUUCAUGCCCUACUGCUGCAUCAGCAGGCUGUGGUUAGGAGGUGGUUUUGCUGGUGGGAUAGAAUCUGGCUAAGAUAGAAAACACAACAACAACAAUAACAAUUUUCAUUUGUUUUAAAACUAUGACUUUCUUUGGAUUCUGUUCAUUUUAGAAAAAAAAGUUGAAAGAUUACUCGUGUCCUGUGUUUUGAACUAGUUGAGCAGUGUGGAACACUGGGAGACAGAGUUAGGGGAGAGGGAAUGGCCUCACCAAGGGCUAGCAAGAAUGAGCUGGACUGUUAACCACUGUACCUGCUCAGCUCUUCCCACCACAAAGGAUAGGGGCCACUGCUUCCUUCCCAGGAUUUUGAAGUAUCCUGUCUCACAGGAUAAAGCAGAAGAAUGGGCAUCCAAGAGAUGCCUUGGGAGUUACUGGCUGGACCCAGGUCCUGUUCUGUAGCCUCACUGGCUGACCAUCUCAAUUUCCUGUGUACCACUCCUCAUGCCCUCUGACCUCUGCUCCCCUCCUACAGCCCCUUGGUGGAUGAUGUCAGUACCAUGUCUGGAUUCUGGUCUUUCGUUUUCUGCUCAGCAUUUGCUGUGCUGGGUCAGAGAGGCUCUUGGACUUGUCUUCCCAAGACCUUGCUCUGUAUGCCUGUAGCUUUGCUGUGAUUCUCUCAUGUAAGGGAUAGGCACAGAAAACAUUUCCAGGUAGUAGCAGAGUCCUGGGUUCAACCCCAAAAUGCCAUUGUAAGCAACCUCUUCAGAUGUUCUAAUGUCUUUCCUAAGA